UCAUUGAAGGUUGUUUUCGUGAUGACUGGCGAUUGUAACGAUCGGACGCAUCCCGGAUUUCGAACCUAUGAGAAAAUUGCAGCCGCAAGUUUUGGACAAGUUUUUCAUCUGGAAAAAACGGAUGUGAAGAAAGUGCUCAAUUACGUAAGGCAUUCAGUUGCUCUCAAAAAGGUGCAUUUGAUGUACGAAGUGCGAGAGCGAGGUGGAACCAAUUUGCGUCUUAUUCCUGUCGAUCAACACCUCAACGAAUUAACACUGUCGUUAUCAGGUGAUAAGGAUGACGGAGAUUUCUUGGAUAUAAGUCUCACUGAUCCGAAAGGUACAAAGGUUGAAAGAGCACAUUUUUCGAACGAAAGUGGUACAAUUGAUCUGAACAACAUCAAGUUGAUCCGGAUCACAAAUCCUCUGCCUGGUAUUUGGCGAGUUCGUACGUCAAGUCGACUCAAGCAUGUGCUACGAGUGCUCGGUCAUGGAGCAAUCGACUUCAAAUACGGCUUUUCAACGCGACCCAUCGACAGAAUCGAACUCGCACAUCCACGACCAAUAUCCCAUCAGACGAGCUACUUGCUGGUGAAUAUGACCGGGUUGCCUCCACCCGGAACAGUUUUUGAAAUUUCGCUCGUUGAUUACUUCGGCAAAGAGUUAUUUUCGAAGCCUGCAACGAUCAAUAAACGAAAUCCGUACCUUUAUUUUAUGGGUCCAUUUGUGCCACCGAAAGGCCUAUUUUUUGUGCGGGUGAAAGGUGAGGACGAUAAAUCAUACGAAUUUCUUCGGAUUGCACCAACCGCAACGUCAAGUGUUCAAGCUGGCGGACCAAGGUUGAUCCUCAUUCAUACGUUAUUUAAUUCAGAAUAA